CAUGCAUUACUGUAGAUUUUCAGAAAUUCAAAGAGUAUAAAAUUGAAAACCUGCCAUCCGUAGUCAUUCAGUUCUGUUUUUGUAAAACAUCAUCAAUAUGAAAACCUUAGUGCUUUUCACCCUUUUCACUUGGGCCAGCUCGGUUCCAUUGGGUUGGUCUCCAAUAGGAAACUGGCACGCCAUACCAAGUGUACCAUUAAGCAACCAAUGGCCAUUGAAUAACCCAUCACCUGCCCAAGUAGCAUCCCACGAAAUUGCCCAACAAAUCAAACUAGCUGAAAUUGAAAACGCCAACUUACUCCAAAGUCCCAGAAGCUGGUGGAGUGAUGAUGUGAAUAUUUUAGCUCAACAAGCGGCCCAGCAAGUGCUUAAGGAAGCUGUUGAAGCCAGGCAAGGACAAGCAGUAGAAGGUAUCGUAGAUAUUGAGAAGCAACUGCAGCAGAAUGUCUUGGGAGUACCUCAGCCAGUGGAACAAGUUGUUGCUGCAAAAGCCAUUAACGAAUUAAACAAAGAACUGCAAAUGCUAGAGUUGGCCAAAGAAAAAAUCCUGCCGACCACCCUACUGUCUCAGUCUCUUGAGGCAGCCAUAGCAGCCCAAUUGGUUUCUGACAAUGUUGCAAUUGGUAAUGGUCAAUCUAUUAGCAAUGUGAGACAACCCUCUGGAGUACUCGCAUCCAGAGUGAAACAGCUUAUUGAUCAGACCAACAUUGAGGAAAUUAAAAUGGAAAUUAUCAAUCAGCAAAUUAUCAUCAAACAACUGUUGCAACAAAAGCAAUUCAUCUCUCAACAACUGCAGAUCAUACUUGCCGAGUUAGUGAUUCUUCAACAACAAGGUGCCAGUCUCGUUCAGUUGCAACAGAUGCAGCAGGUGCAGCGUCAACUUCAACAACAAGAGAAGCAAAUAGUUGUGAGCAUUCUUGCACGUCAACAAGUGAUUCAGCAAUUAGAACAAGCUCUUGUUGAACAACAGCUGAAUUUGCAACAGAAUGUUAAAGCUGAACAGGUUCAGCAAAUUCAGAGAUGGUCUGCCGGUCCAUGGUUGCAACGUGUAGGACAAACUGGGCCAGUUUGGGGUCCUUGGUCUACAGUAGGAAACAUGUGGCCUCAAGGAAACUGGAUAAAUUAGGUUUAUUUAGAUAAGGGAUUGGAAUUAUAAUAUUUUUACUUAUAAGAGUUUUGAAAUAAAUGGGGCAUUAGGAGAAA